CGGAGGAUAGACAGCUCGUCUGUAUCAAGAAUUCGCUGAGUCGUUUCAAGGAGAUAAUGCAGCUAAGACUUUUGUUCGAGGUGGGACAAUCAAUCCCAGUGAUAAUAAGCUCAAGCCUGAUUCCUAAGGUAUGUUCCCUCCUUUCUCCCCCCACCAUUGGCAUCUAAGGGUAAAGAACCAGAGAAUAAGGGAAGAAGAGAGAUCAAAGGAGAGAGAAAAGGUAAAGACUCGAAACAUAGAUCAUUUUAUGGAGGAUUUGAAACGUGAACAAGAAAUGAGAGAAAGGCGAAACAAGGAUCACGAGAAUUCCCGUGACCAUAAUAGUGAUAACACGUCAUCUAGCCGCUUUGAUGAGCUACCUGAUGAUUUUGAUCCCAGUGGAAGGUUAGGGUCAUUGGAAGAUGGUGACCCACAAACUACAAAUCUAUAUGUUGGGAAUCUUUCAGCUAAGGUUGAUGAAAAUUUUAUUCUGCGGACUUUUGGAAGAUUUGGGCGAAUAGCUAGUGUUAAAAUUAUGUGGCCAAUAACGGAGGAAGAGAAAAGGCGAGAAAGACAUUGGGGCUUUGUUGCUUUCAUGAAUAGAGUCGACGGGCAAGCUGCAAAAGAUGAAAUGCAAGGGAUCAUUGUGUAGGAGUAUGAGCUGAAAAUUGGAUUAUUACAAGCACUACCAGCUCCUCCUCCUGGGCAUAUGGCAAUCCGGAGUAAGGAGGGCUGCAAUUUAAUUUUUUCUGGUACAUCGGGUCCACCAAUAACUUCCGUUCCAAAUCAAAAUUCCGAGCUGGUUCUUACCCCAAAUGUUCCGGAUAUCACUGUUGUUUCUCCUGAGGACGAGCACCUCAAACAUAUUAUUGAUACAAUGGCCCUUAAUGUACUGGAUGGUGGCUGCGCUUUUGAGCAAGCGAUUAUGGAGAGGGGGCGUGGUAAUCCACUUUUUAACUUCUUGUUUGAGCUGGGCUCGAAGGAGCAUACGUACUAUGUCUGGAGGCUCUAUUCCUUUGCUCAGGGUGAUACCCUUCAAAGGUGGAGAACAGAGCCGUACAUCAUGAUAGCUGGAAGUGGAAGAUGGAUUCCGCCACCGCUGCCUGCAACUAGAAGUCCAGAGCAUGGAAAAGAGUCUACAUGCACAUACGCAGCAGGGAAAAGCAGGAGCAUGGAAGCUGAGCAAACUCUAACCGAUUCCCAAAGGGAUGAAUUUGAGAACAUGUUGCGCGCUCUAACUUUAGAAAGGAGUCAAAUCAAAGAAGCUAUGGGGUUUGCUUUGGAUAACGCAGAUGCAGCUGGAGAGGUUGUUGAAGUUCUGACAGAGUCAUUGACCCUGAAAGAGACAUCGAUUCCCACUAAAGUUGCAAGACUCAUGCUUGUGUCUGACAUUCUUCAUAAUAGCAGCGCUCGGGUUAAAAAUGCCUCUGCAUACCGGACAAAAUUCGAAGCAACAUUACCCGAUAUAAUGGAAAGCUUCAACGAUCUAUACCGCAGCGUAACUGGCAGGAUUACCGCGGAGGCUCUUAAAGAACGAGUACUCAAAGUACUGCAGGUAUGGGCAGAUUGGUUUCUUUUUUCAGAUGCAUAUAUAAAUGGGCUACGGGCUACGUUUCUCAGGUCGGGAAAUUCUGGUGUUACCUCGUUUCAUUCUAUCUGUGGUGAUGCGCCUGAUAUAGAGAAGAAAGGUCUCAUAGGAAAUAUGAACAAUGCUGAUAAGUUUAAUCAAGACACUGCACUGGCAAUGGGCCAAGGAGAUGCAAGGCAAGAGCUGAUGAAUCUACCAAUUUCUGAGCUUGAGAGACGAUGCAGACACAACGGUCUGUCACUUGUAGGGGGUAUAGAGAUGAUGGUUGCUCGGCUGCUAAGCCUGGAAGUUGCAGAGAAACAACGUGGCUAUGAAGUAGUAGAUGAAAAUGCAAAGUAUCGACAGGGACAUUCAACUUGGGAAGAAGUUAACAUUGAGCCUAAGCAGAUGAAAACCAGCUAUUAUAAAGUUGAAACUAAAGAGCCUGUGAAUCUGGCCUCGAGAAUUCCAAUCCCCCAGCCGGAGCUAAAAGCCUUUGUGAAAAAGGAGAAAAAUGACCUCAUAUUGCCCACUUCCAGAUGGGCGAGAGAGGAUGAUGAACAAAAAAAGAGCUACUCCUCUGGUAGUGACAAUGCUGGCGUAUUAACUUUCAAGACUGAUGAAGAGGAUCUCAAGGCUGAUCCAAGUAUUCGUGUCCAGCCUGAAAAUGAAAUCGAAGAGGAGCAAAGACAAAAGCUUAAACGCAUAGAGGUUGCUUUGAUAGAGUAUCGAGAAUCUCUUGAGGAACAGGGGGUGAAAUACUCUGAGGAGAUAGAAAGAAAAGUUGCGAUCCACCGAAAGAGGCUUGAAGCUGAUGCCUUAAAAGGAAAUCAGAGAGUAUUGCCAGAGAAAAGGGAGAAGCGUGAAGAUUCUAGAGAUUCAUCUAGAAAGAGAUACCGAAGUGAGAGCCAGAAUCGAAGCCAGAGUCCACCACAAAAACUAUUAACCAGAGAAAGGGUGAGAGAUCAUGACUUGGACAAAGACAGACACAGAGACAGAGAUAGGCAACAACAUGAUUUGGACAAGGACCGAGAACGAAGAGCAAAGAGCUCAAGUCAUGAGAGAGACGAUCAUGAUAUAAGCAGAGAGCGAGACAGAGAUUGGCGUAGACGAGGCAUGAGAUGAGAUGAUUGUUUGUUUUGGUCUCUGCAGGACACGUGGAAUGUUUUCUAUGAAGAUUAUUAACCUCUUUUGCCUCGUUGACUCUGAAAAAAAUUUCUAAGAAACACAACUGUAUUUUGUGUGUAUUACUCCCUUUUUCAUAGUUUUCUGCAGAAGUUCCAUGUGAGAA